AUGUCCACCCCAGGACGCCCCUCCUCCGGCAUACCCACUCCCGCAUCCCGCCGCCCCCGCUCGUCCCUGGGCCCCGGCCACCCCCGCCCCGACGACGACGACGCGAUGGACAGGGCCCUCCAAGACGUCCUGCGCACAAGACCCCCGAGCAGUCUCAGAAACCACGACGACGCCCCGUUCGAGUCUUCAUCACAUCUUUCAGCCUCCUAUGGACUCCCUGCUCCGCGCACACCGGGGGUCUCGCGCCAGCGCACGCCUUCAGCGUUGGGCGGGGCGCCAGUGACACCUUCAGCAGCAUCUAGAAGCGUGUCUCGUGCGGGGCUUGGGCUUCGAUCGUCCCUUGCCAACUCUACCACUGCUCCAUUUACACCUCGGCGUACGUCCAUGGCGUCUUCGACGACAUCCACAACGCCGUUUGCUAGGCGGCCAGAGUCUCGCGCGUCGGAAAGAGACCCGGGCACAUCAAAAUGGGUGCCUGUGGUGGGAGAGCGAGUGAGGAUCAGCAGUAUGGGGUACGAGGGGACACUGCGGUUCUACGGAGCGACAGAAUUCAAAGAAGGCGUCUGGGCGGGAGUCGAGCUGGAAGGGGGGUUCAAGGGAAAAGGCAAGAAUGAUGGAAAUGUCGGCGGUGUGCAAUACUUUUCAUGCCCACCGAACUGUGGUAUCUUUGUGACAGCAGUCAAACUUUCCCAACCAACAACAGGAGCCUCCCGCCCAUCCUCCGUCGCCUCAUCCCAUCGUUCACAAGCCUCCUACACUUUAUCCGGCCGCGCCACUCCCUCCAUGUCUGGCCGAGCUACCCCUUCCAGACCUCCAUCUGUCACCCCAGGCCGUGUCCCGCGUACCGUCUCAUCAGCAGCCCGUUCCCGCCCCAGCAUUUCGGGUCAUUUAGACGACGAUCUCCCCAGCCGGACUGCCCUCGGCAACAGUACCAGCGCCAACACCCUCGACUCUCGUUUCACCGUCGGCUCCCGCGCUAGUAAAUACGCAGGCAUGACGGCCAAGCAGCUCGACACUGCCCGAGCUGGCUCAGCGUCCAAACUCGGGCAGAGUACGUCGACAGUAACGGGCACGACGCCGAAAGUGUCGCGCAUCUCGAUGGGUCUCGGCACUCCGGCAAGGGGCCCGAGGCAGAGUGUGAGUAACCUCGUGACGCCACGUGCGCGCGCGCCGAGGUCGAGUGGGCUGCAUGAUAUGCCCCCGCCGCCGAGUCCGGGGAAUAUCAAUAGAGUCCUCACCGCCAGGCAGGUUGAAGCGCUGGAAGAAGAGAUUAGGGAACUCAAGCGGAGGAAUGGGGAACUGGAGGAGGAUCUCAAGCAGGCGCCAGAGUUGAAGGAGGAGAGGGAGGAUGAUGGGGAAGAGGUGGAGGAGCUGAGAGGGGAGGCGGAAAAGGCCAAAGCGGAUGUUGCGUUCUUGAGAUCGCAGCUCGAGACGGCAGAGACAAACGCCAAUGACGCUGUCCGGAUUCUGGAAGAACUCCAAGGCGAGCACACUGCUCAACAAGAAGAUAUCGACCAAAAAGCCAAAGAGCUGCAAGAUCUCAGAAAAGAGCUCAAGCUGGCGGCGGAGAGGGCAGAAGAAGAGCUCUCAGCGGGGAUGGAAGCGAAAAAGGAACAAGUGCGCGAGAUGCUGGAACGAGCCGAAUCUGCAGAGCUCGAAUUGUCCGAGAUGAAGGCGCUCGUCGAUGAGCUUACGAACGCUGGGCAACAGAUGAUCUCGCUGAACGAGACCAAGCAGUACGAGCUCGAAGAGCGACUGCGCGAGCUGGAAGACAAGAAUCGCUCCCUCGACGAAAAGCUCCAGAAAGCCCGAGAAGAGCAAGAAAAGUCUCUCCUCCCGCCGUCGCCUUCCACGCGUCAACGCGAAGCUGCAACAGCUGCGGAAAUCGACAAUGAAACCCUCAACGCCCAAGUCAAGCAUCUCCAAAGCAAGCUCAACCACCUCGAAGAAGAGGUUGACGAGGCCCGGGCGCAGGCAGAGACGGAUGCCGAGGCGUGGAAGAACAAGAUCAACAGGGUCAAGGAGAGUGAGAAGGCGGUGAGGGAGGAGGGUGGGGUGUUGAGGACGGAGAUCAAAGAGUUGAAGGAGCAGGCGAAUGGGGCGAGGGGCAAGAUUGGAGAGUUGGAGGGGGCGCUCAAGGAGAAUCAGGUUGCGCUGGAAGGAGCGCGAGCGGAAAUUGAGAGUCUCAGGGUUGAAGCUUCUGAGGCUGCGGGUAUGCGAGCCGCCUUGCAGUCGGCUUCUGCCAAUGAGAAGGCACUUACUGCUGCCCAAGCCGAGGUCGCAGAGCUCAAGAAGACUCUUCAAGCUGCAAUCGAGUCUAGCUCCAAGGCUGCUGCCGAUGCUGAGGGACAAGUCGGUGACCUCGAGGCAAAGAUCGCCUCUCUCGAGGCCGAGAUCGAGACUCUCAAAAAGACCGCCGAGAGCAACAUCUCCAACAACCUCCCCACCCCACCUACAAAACUCUCAUCUUCAUCCUCUUCCUCCGAAGACACCGAAAAGAAGAUUCGCGGCUUCCAGCAUAUCAUCCAAGACUUGUCUGCGGAGAAUGCUGAUCUCAAGGAGCAGUGUGAGAGCUUGAGAGAAGAAGUUGCGUUGAUGAAGGAGGAGGUCAAGUUGCUGGAGGAGACUGCUGGUGACUUGCCGUCGGGUGGUGCUGGUAAUCAAAAGGAGUUGUUGGAGGCCAAGACUACCAUCAAGGAGCUCAAUCGAGAAGUCGCCGAACUCGAGACUCUCAUUGAGACCAAGAUCUACCGAGAAGACGAGCUCGAGACGCGCGUAUCCAGUCUCGAACGCGAAGUCGACAGACAUCGCAAAUCCUCAGCCUCAUCCGACCGACCUCCCCAUUCCGCUACAUCAACACACUUUUCACACGGAUCAGAUAACAGCCACUCAUCGAGUACAGCUACGGGAGGCUCGAACCGAGAGGUGGAGAGGUGCGAGCUGUGCGAGGGGCCGCAUGAUCUCGAUGCUUGUCCUGUCUUUGCUGGGAAUGUUACGGGGGAGGAGAAGAAGGGCGGCAAGUGGUGUGAGGACUGUGAAAGCUCUGAACACGACACCGUCGAAUGUCCCAUGGCAGAAGACGUCUUCUAG